GCUGAGGAGGACCCCAGGAGCCGCUCUCUCGGAACUGUGCCGACGGGCAGGAGGAUGGGAGCCAGGGAUUGAGAGUCCGAGAGGAAGGACAGGGGAGGCUGGCAUCUCAUUGGUGACCAUAACGAUUGUCAUUUAAUGCUGUUCAAGAUCUAAGCAUCGUUUUUGCAUGACUGCUACAAAAGGAUUACUUUCCAGAAACCAGUUCCUUCCUCAAGAGUGUAAUUUGGGCCCUGUUUUCAGAAAGCAGGAAGCUCUUUAAUGAAGACACAUCAGAGCUGCUAAGCAUACUGGAACACAGACUUCCAGUGACCAAGGAUGGCUUCCUCCUGGAAACUCAUUCUGUUCCUGUCAGUCACCGGGUGUCUUUCAGAUUAUUCCAAAGCUCUUCCUGGUCUUCCCACUUCAUACGCUGCAUUGCUAAGAAUUAAAAAGAGUUCUUCCUCAUCUCUCUUGGGUUCGAGGGCCAGAUCCAGAUACAGCAGCACUUCAUUAGGAACACUGAGUGUUUCCUCACCCAGCUGGCGAGGGGUGGCUCAACAUUAUUAUUCUCCAAUCAAUCUUUAUCAUUCCUCAGAUGCCUUCAAACAGGAUGAAAGUGUGGACUAUGGGCCAGUGUUUGUGCAAGAACCAGAUGAUAUCAUUUUCCCAACUGAUUCUGAUGAAAAGAAGGUGGCAUUGAAUUGUGAAAGUCGUGGCAACCCAGUUCCCAGUUACAGAUGGCUUCGAAAUGGAACAGAAAUAGAUUUGGAGAGUGAUUAUCGCUAUAGUUUGAUAGAAGGUACUUUCAUCAUAAGCAACCCAAGUGAAGCAAAGGAUGCUGGUCAUUAUCAAUGUUUAGCAACCAACACUUUCGGAAGUAUUCUUAGUAGAGAAGCCAUACUUCAGUUUGCCUAUCUGGGAAAUUUUAGUGGCCGGACAAGAAGUGCUGUGUCUGUGCGGGAAGGCCAGGGGGUCGUUCUGCUGUGCUCUCCUCCGCCUCAUUCGCCAGAGAUCAUCUAUAGCUGGGUCUUUAAUGAGUUCCCUUCCUUUGUGGCAGAAGAUAGUCGGCGGUUCAUUUCUCAGGAAACAGGCAACCUUUAUAUUUCGAAAGUCCAAGCUUCAGACGUUGGCAGCUAUAUUUGUCUGGUGAAAAACACAGUGACAAAUGCUCGAGUACUCAGUCCUCCAACACCACUCACUCUACGAAAUGAUGGUGUGAUGGGAGAAUAUGAGCCGAAAAUUGAGGUCCAUUUCCCUUUCACAGUUACAGCUGCUAAGGGAACAACUGUUAAGAUGGAGUGCUUUGCACUUGGCAACCCUGUUCCAACAAUCACAUGGAUGAAGGUUAACGGUUACAUCCCUAGUAAGUCGCGCCUGCGGAAGUCCCAGGCAGUGCUGGAAAUACCGAAUGUGCAGCUGGAUGACGCAGGCAUUUAUGAGUGCAGAGCUGAAAACGCCCGUGGGAAAAAUUCCUUCCGUGGACAAUUACAAGUGUACACUUACCCUCACUGGGUGGAAAAACUGAAUGACACUCAGUUGGACAGUGGCAGCCCUCUCCGAUGGGAAUGUAAGGCUACUGGAAAACCCAGACCCACGUUUCGUUGGCUGAAAAAUGGAGCACCCCUCUUACCUCAGAGUAGGGUUGAGAUGGUUAAUGGAGUACUGAUGAUCCACAGUGUGAACCAAUCAGAUGCUGGAAUGUAUCAGUGUUUAGCUGAAAAUAAGUAUGGAGCCAUUUAUGCCAGCGCAGAGCUGAAGAUUCUAGCUUCAGCUCCCACUUUUGCACCGAAUCAACUAAAGAAAACCAUCAUUGUGACUAAAGGCCGAGAAGUCGAAAUAGAGUGCAAACCCCAAGGCUCUCCAAAGCCAGCCAUCUCCUGGAAGAAAGGAGACAAAGCAGUUAGGGAAAACAAAAGAAUAGCUAUUCUUCCAGACGGGAAUCUACGGAUCCUAAAUGCUUCUAAAUCAGAUGAGGGAAAGUACGUUUGCCGAGGGGAAAACAUCUUUGGUUCUGCUGAAAUUGUAGCUUCGGUAUCGGUAAAAGAACCUACAAGGAUAGAACUUACUCCUAAAAGAAUAGAGUUAACAGUGGGAGAAAGCAUCGUCCUUAACUGCAAAGCAAUCCAUGAUGCUAGUUUGGAUGUCAAUUUCUUCUGGACGCUAAAAGGACAGCCUAUUGAGUUUGAGAAAGAAGGUGGACAUUUUGAGAGCAUCAGGGCCCAAGCAUCCUCUGCAGAUUUAAUGAUCAGGAACAUCCUUCUGAUGCAUGCUGGGAGAUAUGGCUGCAGGGUACAGACCACAGCAGACAGUGUGUCAGAUGAGGCAGAACUUCUUGUUAGGGGUCCCCCUGGUCCCCCAGGGGUGGUGAUUGUGGAGGAAAUCACCGAAAGCACGGCCACACUCUCCUGGAGCCCAGCAGCUGACAACCACAGCCCCGUCACCUCCUACAACCUCCAGGCUCGCAGCCCAUUCUCCCUGGGCUGGCAAACAGUGAAAACAGUUCCAGAAAUAAUAACAGGAGACAUGGAAUCAGCCAUGGCAGUGGACUUAAAUCCCUGGGUGGAAUAUGAAUUUCGAGUGGUGGCCACAAAUCCCAUUGGGACAGGAGAUCCAAGUACGCCAUCUCGAAUGAUACGCACAAAUGAGGCAGUUCCAAAGACAGCACCCACCAAUGUAAGUGGAAGAAGUGGUCGAAGGCAUGAGUUAGUGAUUGCCUGGGAGCCAGUAUCUGAAGAGUUUCAAAAUGGGGAAGGCUUUGGCUACAUUGUGGCUUUCCGACCCAAUGGAACACGUGGCUGGAAGGAGAAAAUGGUGACAUCCUCCGAAGCCUCCAAAUUCAUUUAUCGAGAUGAGAGUGUCCCUCCUCUUACUCCCUUUGAAGUGAAAGUCGGCGUGUACAACAAUAAGGGGGAUGGGCCUUUUAGCCAAAUUGUGGUCAUCUGUUCAGCUGAAGGAGAACCCAGUGCUGCUCCCACAGAUGUCAAGGCUACAAGUAUGUCUAUGUCAGAGAUUCUUGUUGCAUGGAAACAUAUUAAAGAGAGUCUAGGAAGACCACAGGGAUUUGAGGUUGGUUACUGGAAAGACAUGGAACAAGAAGAUGCAGCAGAAACCGUCAAAACCAGGGGGAAUGAGUCAUUCGUCAUCCUGACAGGACUAGAAGGAAACACACUGUAUCACUUCACAGUGAGGGCUUACAAUGGAGCUGGAUACGGGCCACCCAGCAGUGAAGUGAGUGCAACCACCAAGAAAUCCCCCCCCAGUCAAGCACCUAGCAACCUCAGGUGGGAGCAGCAAGGCUCUCAGGUUUCUCUGGGCUGGGAACCUGUCAGAUCAUUAGCCAAUGAAUCUGAAGUCUUGGGUUACAAGGUUUUUUAUAGGCAAGAGGGUCACACCAACAGUCAAGUUAUUGAAACCCAGAAACCGCAAGCAGUAGUACCACUCCCUGAUGCUGGAGUCUAUAUUAUCGAAGUUCGAGCAUACAGUGAAGGUGGGGAUGGAACCAACAGUUCUCAAAUCAGGGUGCCAUCGUAUUCAGGUGGGAAAAUCACAAGUGCUCAGUCAACUCUCCACACUCUCUCCACAUCAUCUUCGGUAACACUGCUCUUGGCAUUGAUGAUUCCUUCAACCUCAUGGUGAAACCUGCUGAGUUAAUUCACUUUUCUUUGCUUUAGCUUGAUAACAGCAGUGAAUAGAGUAUAGUGUAGAUGGAGACCCAGGAUCCUGAGAUGAGCUUUAAACACUUGGGACUACAUGUGGUGCACUUAGAGGAGACUUGGAACUAUUACUUAUCCAUCAGGUUUCUCUUUGUUUUUUUUGUAAAUUGAGAGGACAGUUCUAGGUCCAGUAAAAAAUAUGCAGAUUGUAUGUAAUGAAUUUUUGUAAGUAAAGGCAAUUUCUGUCAAAUGUAUUCUUUACUUUUUUAAUAUGUUGGAAUUUCAUUUUAUAUCUAAUGAUUCUGAGUGUGUACCAUCCAUUUAUUAAGUAAGUGGUCCCUAGCAGAUGUUUCAAAGACAAAUACAAAACUGAGAAUGAAAAGCUUGCUUAAGACUGAGUCUAAUGUUUUUCAUUUUCCCUACAGCUGAUUAUUCCGACUGCCAUAUCUGCAGGAGAUAUGAAAAAAAACUUCAGUUAUAUGGUUCAUUAUAGGAUAAGUACACAAAGUUUUCUCAAAAAUAUUGUGUGACUGAAUAGCAAAAUAGUUAAGAUUUGUCAGUAUGCUAUUCUAUAUGCACCCCUAGAGCAAGUUAUUAGGGCAGGGAAUAAACCAUUUAUAUCAGUGGAAAGUAAAUAGAAAUCGAGUCCAAAUGAAUUUAAGUGCAAUUGCUUUUCAUCAACGACUAUGUUAUCUAGCAGAAAAUACAGUAAAUGUUUAUUUUUAAAAACAAAAUAGUUUCAAGUUACAAAAAUCACUAAAACUAUAGAUACUGACAUGCUGCCAUGGGUGCUAAUUUAAAAAUGCAAUGAUUAUGGGACAGAACUUUUUCAUUUCUCCACCGACUGCCAAAACAGAUGUUGAAUUCAGUCCAAGGUUUCCUUCUAAUUGGAAAUCAUUUUAAGUAUAUGAAAUUUUGUUGGGCAAAUAAUUACGCAUACAUAUAGUCUAUGGAUUAAAAUGGUUCAAGCAUAAAAACUAAUUUUGUAUUUUUUGAAAACUGUUCCCUGCAUUAUAUGCCACUUAUGAAAUCUCACCAACUCCUAAAAUAAAGAGAUAUUAGAUAAAUUAAUUUAAAAAAUUUAGCUGUGAGGACAUAGCAUCAAUACAGAGGCUCAGCAAGUCCACCCAGCCAUGUACUCUAUAAGUCAGUGAUUUGAGAGGUGGUCCACAUUGCCCACAUUGAGGUACCACAUUUAAGUGGUCCUUGAUUGUGGCUGGAAAGCACAGUGAAAUCACUCUCCUUGAUGAUAUCAUUAUAGAAAUUCUAGCCAACAUGAGAAUGUAUCUGAGCUUGAAGAUGCUUGAAAAGAUAGUUCUUGCAUCUUCAUAUGCCAGAAAAGAACCUGGAAAAGUUUCAGUUUUAUAGGUAAUGUUAAUAUAAGAACACAAAGCAAUUUAUGUUCAGUUAUGCAAAACAAGCUUCUAACUCUAAUUGCAUCUUUAAUGGCAAACAAAAUAUUGAGUUCAAAUUUCUGGUUCUAGAGGUUAUACCUUGUGUAAUCAGAGGAGAGAUUGGAGUUUCUGUUCUGAAUAUCCUAAAAUGUUAGCCUCA